AUGACGAAAGUAGGUGCCUUGGCGUCCCUUUUUGUCAUCUUGAAGAUGUAUUUGUUGAUUGAUUGGAAUUCUCUGAAAAGGUCCACGCGACACGCAACCGAAAAUUCGACGAGCCUGCACGACGAGAAGUCACGUCCACCUGGAGAAAAUCACAGAGCACAUCAAGAGGUCUUUCAACAAGGUUUUGACAAGAAAAACGAGGACAGGUACAAGAACAACAUCAAUAACGUCCAUCCAUGGACGAGACGAGCUCCCCACCCCUUGAAAUUACUCUACUACAACCCUAAUCCUAAGUGAUGAUCGUCGACAUGGUCCAUUUGACGUUGAUCUUCAGCAAUCAGCCCAGUGAUUGAAUUGAUCCAAAGGAAGAGGUCCAGGAAGUUCAUCGUGUCAUCAGGUGGUGUCUCAAAGUGAAAACCCCGGUAUAUGUAACAAUAAAGGUCGGUUUACAUGGAUAGUAUAAAAUGAUGUAAGUAUUUAUUGUUAUGAUUAAUACAAUUAGAAUUUAUAAAAGAAUAUUUAUCCAAUUGUAAUGGUUCAAGUUUCAGGGCGCCAACGGAAUUGGAAGUGGACUCUUGCCAGGGAAGGACCCAUCGAGUUUUGAAUCAUCUUGGAACAGCUCCAUGGAUGAACUGAAAGAGGAAAGCAAAAUAAAGUUGUUACCUGGUCCACGAAUCAGAUUGGAGACGGUGUUCGAUGGCAAUUGGAGUAAACACAAAGUAAGGCAAUUUUUUGCCAUGAAAAUGAAUAGUUUAAUCUUUAUUUUGGAUUUUUGUCUCCAAAAAAUUCCGAAGUACGAUGUAUAAGAAUAAUUUAUGACGAAUACUGUAUAUUUAUAAUCAAAAAAUAAUAUUUUUAGAUGAUGUCGUCAUGA